CUUUCAAACGGCCAUACUUGGAAGCAGCAGAGGAAGUUUGGACUAGUUACCCUGCGGAAGCUGGGACUGGGGAAGAAAGGCAUGGAGCACCAAAUACAAGAGGAAGCCCAUCAGCUUGUUGAGACUUUUGCACAUACAAAGGGGCAGCCCUUCAACCCUGCAUUGCCCAUCAGAAAUUCAGUCACCAAUGUCAUUUGUGCUGUGGCUUUUGGACACCGCUUUUCCAUUGAAGAUGAAGAAUUCCUCAGUUUGAUGGAAAGCGUUGAAGUUAUUUUAGCAUUUACAACAAGCAUCCCUCAUAGUUUUUAUGAAAUUUUUCCAUGGCUUGUGAAACAUCUCCCGGGUCCUCACAAGAAAGCAUUAUCAUGCUUAGAGGUUGUGCUUUCCUUUGCAAAGAAGGAGAUAGAAGAGCAUAAGGAGUAUCACGCCAUGCAUGAGCCACAGGAUUUCAUUGAUUUCUACCUUCUUCAGAUGGAGAAAAGCAAGAAUGACCCCAAUUCUACAUACAGUGAAGAGAAUCUGGCUCAGAGCAUUUUUGACCUCUUCAUUGCCGGAUCUGACACGUCUGCCUCAACUCUGCAAUGGGCUCUUCUCCUCAUGGUGAAUCAUCAGGAUAUCCAAGAGAAUGUCCAUAAGGAGCUGGAAAAUGUCUUGGGCUCGUGUCAAUCAUUCAGCUAUCAAGAUCUAAAGAGACUGCCCUACACCAACGCUGUAAUUCAUGAGAUCCAGAGACUACAAUAUGUCUUAUUUUUUGGGGUUCCCAGAGAAUGUGUGAAGGAUGUAAACAUACUUGGUCUGCCCAUUCCCAAGGGGACCUUUGUUAUUCCCGAUCUUUGUUCUGUUCUUCUUGAUCCCAAGCAAUGGGAGACCCCUGAAGAGUUCAACCCAAAUCAUUUUUUGGACAAGGAUGGAAAUUUUGUGGAAGGAGAAGCAUUUCUGCCUUUUGGUGCAGGUGUCCGCGCAUGCGUGGGAGAGCAACUAGCAAGGAUCGAGCUCUUCAUUUUCUUCACCAGCCUGAUGAUGGCAUUUACCUUCCAGCUGCCAGAAGGAGUGAAAGAACUCAGUCGGGAGCCUAUCGUAGGGCUGAGAACACCUCCCCGUCCUUACAAGCUCUGCGCUGUUUCUCGCUGAAGAGUAUCAUAAACAAGGAUUGUGGGAGGAAAAGGAAUGGGGGAAAGAAGCUUGUGAAUGUGAUCCUGUGAUUCUGGUCACACCAAUGAGAGAGGAGCUUCUUGGCUCACAGAAUCCAAGCUCAGUAGAAAUCGCCCAUUUGGAGGCAAUUUCUACUGAGCUCAGCUUCAGAGCGCCCUGUGGCUCCUUCAUUGUGCUGGAAUAUGUAGUCAUUUUCUGGUGCAAGAGAGGAGAAUGGGAGGUAGGUACCAUACUGUCCCUCCACCUCUCCAGCUACUGCACCCUCUUCUUUGGCCCUGGGACCACUGGCAAUCCUCGCUUCAAGGCCAG